UGAUUGUUCAAGCACAUGUCCGCAGGCAGACCGGAGGCCUCAGUCCCAAGAAGUCUCACUUACAAAGAGGCAGCCACGAUCUGCUUUCAGUCUAAGCUUUCUCGCCUCUUUCCAAGACAUCGGCAUUCACAUUGAUUGAGACACAUCCUUCGUCAAGAGCAUGCAUACCUCGUCGUUCUCGUUGCUGAGGAAGUUUCUGGGGCACAGCCAAACAGCUCCUUUUCGAUGUUAUCAAAAAGUCAUUUCGUACUAUUCCCACAUCAGAGUACCGGCAUUGCCUCUCUACGAAAGCUGCGGAGAGUGCAAGACCCAUUGGCGACCACAUUUACCACAAAUCCCACCAAGUGCAUUGGCACCAAACUCCAUUCGGGCCACCGGCAGGUUCAGCAUCGCUUUUGCAAGAUCCAGUCGCACAUUCCAAUUCCUCCAUCACACAAAGCACCUGGAACCCCUGUUCUCCAGUAUUUCCAGCUUUCGGGUUUCAAGUUGUCCCAGGCUCCACUGUGUGGUACUGUGGUAGAGCUUGAAGCAGCAAUGUGUCGUCUGAUCAAGGUUACGCACUUUGGAUGCGAUAACAGCCAUUCUGAAUAUGUGCUGACCCGCUGUAAAGCUGGGUAUGAGUAUGUCUUGAAUAUGCCAAUCACGGGUGGGUGCAAAGGGACGGUUGAGGUGGAGGACUGGGUGAUGUCUCCCUGUCGCUUUUGCAAAGAAUACUCCGAGAGGCCAGUCAGCGGCCGUGGUCGGGCAUUGUCUCUGCAAGCAGACGAACUGCCUGACGACAAGGACAGUCCGAUGACGGGUUCGGGUUAUGACAAGGGGGCAAUGCUCAAGGCAAAGAUGUCACUCGACUCGAGCCUUUGCACCAAGACCGAAUCUCCUUCAGAGAUGCCAGCCCCGUUGAAUCUCGCAAUACGCAGCCGAGCUGCAGCCGAUUCAUCGCAUCGUGGUCAAACCAGACCAUGACGGACAGCAAACUUCUACAGAGAUUUGCAACGCCCUCGCGUGA